AAGUAGAACACAUCCAGGACAAGGCUGCCUACUUCAAGCACCAUUUGAUGGAUUACUCUUAGAUACUUCCAACAGGACAAUUCGAUCAGAUUGCCUCCCGGACCCCCUUUUAUGUUGAUGUGGAAGAGAGCGACCGGAGGGCCAUGGAUGUGAAAGACCGAAAGCCAUACCGCUCCUUGACCAAACGUUGCGAUGCUGAACGCCGCUACACCAGCUCCUCCGCCGAGAGCGAGGACAGCAAAAUCCCGCAGAAGUCGUACAGCUCCAGCGAGACUCUGAAAGCCUAUGACCAGGAUUCCAGAAUGAUCUACGGCAAUCGGGUUAAAGACAUGGUACCCCAGGAAGCUGACGAGUACUGUCGAACAGGAACCAACUUUUCUUUACAAGAACUGGGCUUUGACGAUGUCUCGCCACCCCACGGGACUUUAUACCGGACUGACCUAGGCCUGCCCCACGGCAGCUACUCCAUCAGUGCCGGCUCCGACGCCGAUACGGAGACGGACGCCAUCAUGUCGCCAGAACACCCGGUGCGAUUGUGGGCACGCAGCACCAAGUCCGGGCGUAGCUCCUGUUUAUCCAGCCGAGCCAACUCCAACCUUACCUUGACCGACACAGAACACGACAACACGGAAACAGAUCAUCCGAAUCUUUCGAACCCCUCCCGACUCCGGACCACUCCACCUCCUCUCUCUCACGCCCACACGCUGAACCAACACCACGCCGCGUCCAUCAACUCUUUAAACCGAGGGAACUACACACCACGCAGUAAUCCCAGCCCUGCCCCUACGGACCACUCGCUCUCCGGAGAACAUCAAGCAGGGAACCAAGAACCUACUCAUGCUCAGGACAACUGGUUACUAAACAGUAACAUCCCCCUGGAGACCAGCGGGGAAGUUCCUGCCAAAUUGCACAACUUCAUUUUGAAAACAGCAGCCACAAACGAGAUGACAAGGAUUCUUAACGACGGAUAA